GCAAGAGCUCUCGGACCUGCACUAGUCCUGCCACGAGUUCUGCCUCCCAGAAGAUGCAGCUGUUCCCCAUGCUGCUCAUCACAGGGGGCAUCUGCCUGGGACUGCUGGCUGUAGCUACAGCAGGGGGUCACCCCUCCAAACUGGACACCCCUAGCCUGAAGCCCUCCCACCGGCGCCAGAAGCGAGACUGGAUUUGGAACCAGAUGCACAUCGAUGAGGAAAAGAACAGUUCGCUGCCACAUUACGUGGGCAAGAUCAAGUCAAGCAUGAACCGCAAGAAUGCUAAGUAUCUGCUCAGGGGUGAGGCUGCUGACAAGGUCUUCAAGGUGGACGAGAACACGGGCGAUGUGUUUGCCUUCGAAAGGCUGGACAGGGAGAAGGUGUCCGAGUACCACCUCGUUGCCCUGGUGGUGGACAAGGACACCAACAAGAACCUGGAGGCACCAUCUAGCUUCACCAUCAAAGUCCAUGACAUAAAUGACAACUGGCCUGUGUUCUCACGCCAAGUAUACAACGCCUCUGUGCCUGAGAUGUCAGCUGUGGUCAUCCAAUUGACAGCGGUGGAUGCCGACGACCCCACGGUGGGAGACCAUGCCUCUGUCUUGUACCAGAUCCUCAGCGGGGAGGAGAAUUUUAGCAUCGACAACAAUGGAGUCAUUCUCACGAAAACCACAAACUUGGACCGAGAGAUUCAGGCCAAAUACGAAGUGGUGGUGGAAGCCCGAGACGCCCACGGCCUUCGAGGGGAAUCGGGCACGACCACUGUGCUGAUCACACUGAAGGACAUCAAUGACAACUUCCCCGUGUUCACCCAGAGCAAAUACACCUUCUCGGUACCUGAGAACAUCCACGUGGGAACCUCUCUGGGCUCCCUGUUCGUGGAAGACCCCGAUGAACCCCAGAACCGGAUGACCAAGUACAGCAUCGUGCAGGGCGAGUACAGGGACACCUUCACCAUUGAGACGGACUCCAGCCGCAAUGAGGGCAUCAUCAAGCCACUAAAGCCACUGGACUAUGAAUACAUCCAGCAGUACAGCUUCACUAUAGAGGCCACAGACCCCACCAUCAACCUCCGCUACCUGGGCAUCAGCCCCUCCAAAAAUACCGCGCGUGUUAUCAUCAGCGUCAUCGACGUCGAUGAGCCCCCCAACUUCAAGGAGCCCUUCUACCACUUCCGGCUGCCGGAGAACCAGAAGAAGCCUCUGAUCGGCUCCGUGUUGGCCACAGACCCUGAUGCUGCCCGGCGGAGCAUUGGAUACUCCAUCCGCAAAAGCAGCGACAAAGACCAGUUCUUCCGAAUAAACAAACAAGGGGACAUUUAUAACGAGAAAGCACUGGACCGAGAGAUAUACCCUUGGUAUAAUCUGACUGUGGAGGCCAAAGAGCUGGACUCUCAUGGGAAUCCCACGGAUAAAGAAUCCAUUGUGCAGGUUCAUAUUGAAAUUUUGGAUGAAAACGACAAUGCUCCGGAGUUUGCCCAGCCCUAUGAGCCCAAAGUGUGUGAGAACUCGGUGAAGGGCAAGCUGGUGGUGCAGAUCUCAGCUAUUGAUAAAGACAUAACUCCACGAGAUGUGAAGUUCCGAUACUCCCUGAACACCGAGAGCAGCAACUUCACUCUCACGGAUAACUACGAUAACACCGCCAAUAUCACCGUCAAGUAUGGGCAGUUUGACCGGGAGCAAACCAAGGUCCACAUGCUGCCAGUGCUCAUCUCAGACAAUGGGCGCCCAAGCCUCACGGGCACUAGCACACUGGCCAUAGCUGUGUGCAAGUGCAAUGAAGAUGGCGAGUUCACCUUCUGCGAAGGAGUGGCGGCCCAGACAGGUGUCAGCAUCCAGGCGUUGGUGGCCAUCUUCCUCUGCAUUCUCACCAUCACAGUGAUCACCCUCCUCAUCUUCCUGCGCCGCCGGCUCCGAAAUCAGGCCCGGGCACACAGCAAAAGUGUGGCCGAGAUCCACGAGCAACUGGUCACCUACGACGAGGAGGGCGGCGGCGAGAUGGACACCACGAGCUACGAUGUGUCGGUGCUCAACUCGGUGCGCCAGAAUGAGGGAACAGGGUCCAUGGGGGCAGCCAAGCCGCCCCGGGCUGCUCUGUACGCUCAGGUGCAGAAGCCUCCACGGCAUGUUCCUGGGGAGAUGGCCACGAUGAUCGAGGUGAAGAAGGAUGAGGCGGACCACGACGGCGGGGGCCCGCCCUACGAUACUCUGCACAUCUACGGCUACGAGGGCUCCGAGUCCAUCGCCGAGUCCCUCAGCUCGCUGGGCACCAACUCGUCCGACUCAGACAUUGAUUACGACUUCCUCAACGACUGGGGGCCCCGCUUCAAGAUGCUGGCUGAGCUGUAUGGCUCAGAUACCCGGGAAGAAUUAGGGUUUUAAAGGGGUCAGAGGGUGCCAGCCUCCAGGCCCGGACACCCAACCACAACUGCUCAGACUGGUGGGACUCCAGGUGUUGCAUCCUGGUAGGGUUGUGCACUGAAGUCCCAGCCGGGCACCCCUUCCUUGUGGGUCCUAGAGACCUCAUCAGUUUUGGAAGUCAGUGCCAGCUCCCCAAAAGGUCCUGGAACUCAUUUCCGGGAUAUCGGUCCUCAUGGAUGAACAAGCCAGUGUAGAGAUCUGUCUCAGCAUGGACAACAUAACCCUAUGUCUGUUUUAAGGUUUCUUCUGGCCCUUCAGAACAGCUCUGCUCAUUCACUGUCUGGGUUAAGGGCUGCCCCGGAACCCCUGGACCCUCUAUGAGGCUGGAGAUGUUCUGGGCCUUUCUUCCUCAAGGUAUAACUUGGGGGUGGUAAUUACAGCUCAGACUCAGGGGAGACAAACCACCAACCUCCUUACACACACCCCAAACCUCUCACCUGUUCCCCCUGCCAUUCCCUAACCUUCCAGAGCAGGAAGGGCCUUUCUGCAGCUUCCUACUGUGGGUGCUGUGGUCCCCUGGGUGCCCUUAAGCCAAGCUGCACUGCACAGCCAAAGUUCAUUCACUUAAAACUGGAGAAGUGACAGGUUGACUUUGACAGCAACUGUGAAUUCCUACUGGAGGGGACAGCCAAUUUCUGGGGCAAAGGUUGGCAGAGUAUCUGUAACCCCAAUCUGCUCAUCCAUCAGUGCCCCUGCAGUUUUGCCUGGGAAGUGGGGCAGCUGUUCCCAGAGCAAAAAGCCUUGCCCCAUCUCUGCCUUUCCUGGUCACUCAUACAAGCUCUUUCUCUUCUUCACUGUGGGGGAGAAGGCUUCCCAACCCCCAUCUCUUUACACAUGGCUUGACUUUAGAGGCAUCCUGUAUACAGCCUACCACAACCCAGACAUUCUGCAUAACAGAGCCGAAUCAUCUGCCUUCACACCUCAUUGUUGCCCCAUCUCAGGGAAUCCCAGCUGGGCCUCUUCCCACCUCACCCUACAGAAGGCAGAGCCCCUGGCCAGCCCACAUCCUGCGCUUAGCCACACAGCUCCCACUGGAACCUUCUACUGUGCAUUCACCCUAGGGAGGAGGCUACCUGCGGUCAGAGGGGCAAGGAGGAAAGAUCCAGGCUGGGACUUAACCCUCCUUAUCCCCUGGGGUGCUGCCACACUAGCCAGGACCACACUGGAGUCUGGGGAAUGUUGAUAAUAUUGUUGCUUUAACCCAUAAUUUUUCACAAUUAUUUUACUAAUAAUACUUACAUGUUUCUAGCUCUCACAAGCAUAUAGAAUAAGGGGUUCACACAAUAAGCUGGUUUAUAGUUAUAUUUAGGUUAACUUUUUAAUUCAGGGUUUUUAGUUAAACA